AUGUAGAGCUCCAAACCGUUGUUCUAUGUUCAGAAAGAGCUAUGUUGAGAAAAUUUUGGCGGCGGUAGGUUAAUAAUCCAAGCCCUGAGGAAGAAGAUAUAUUUGUAUUUGAAGGGAAAUGCGAAUACUUGCACGUGUAGAUUUCUCUCGGGCGCUGAUACUUCAAGCAAUCGGCAGGUGUCCGCCAUCGCGAAUUCACAAAACUCUCUCUCUUCCAACUUCCGAUUUCUCUUUGAUUCCUCCUCUACUUUACCCAACAAGAAGAGAAACAAAUUCUCCUAACUUCGCGCUUUCAGAAAUGGUUACACCAAAGAUUGGUAAAGAACGCUUACCAACAGACGCGAAGAAGAUUCUAGAAUCAAUAGCGUCAUCUUGGGGUGUCAUAAUUGAAGAUGUGAACUUAUUUCAGGUUAUACCUUUGAAAGGUGCGAUGACUAAUGAGGUCUAUCAGAUAAAAUGGCCGAAGAGGGAUUCAGAAAGUGAAUCAAGGAAGGUGCUUGUGAGGAUAUACGGUGAGGGUGUUGAUGUUUUCUUCAACCGUGAUGAUGAGAUUCGCACGUUUGAAUGUAUGUCUCAUCAUGGACAGGGUCCUCGACUUCUUGGAAGAUUCUCAAAUGGGCGAGUUGAGGAGUUUAUUCAUGCUCGGACACUGUCAGCCUUUGAUCUAUGUAACCCGAGUAUAUCUGCUCUUAUAGCAGCUAAAAUGAAGGAAUUCCAUGAUCUUCCCAUCUCCGGCCCCCAAAAAGUGCUCUUGUGGGAAAGAUUGAGGAAUUGGCUUGAAACAGCCAAGACUAUGGCUUCCACUGAACAAAUAAAGGAAUUUCGUCUUGAUACAAUGGGUGGAGAAGCUGGAGAAAUAUCCUUCUUGGAGAAGACUUUGUCACAUGAAAACCAAUGCAUAGGUUUCUGUCACAAUGAUUUGCAAUAUGGUAACAUAAUGAUUGAUGAAGAGACCAAUUCUAUAACUCUAAUUGAUUACGAGUAUGCUAGCUACAAUCCUAUUGCUUAUGACAUAGCAAAUCACUUUUGUGAAAUGGCUGCUGAUUAUCAUACUGAAAUGCCUCAUAUUUUGGACUACACUAAAUACCCGAAUGCGGAUGAGCGACAACAAUUCCUACGUGCUUAUUUAAAUUGUGCAGACAAACAGCUUAAGAACUUGGAACUUGAUAUGUUGAUUAAAGAUGUUGAAAUGUACACUCUUGCAAGCCAUCUACUUUGGGGUUUAUGGGGGAUAAUAUCGGAACAUGUUAAUGACAUUGACUUUGAUUAUAUCGAGUAUGCAAGACAGAGGUUUCGGGAAUACUGGCAAAGGAAGGGAAUGCUAUUGGGAUCCUCAGGUUGAUUGAAUGUUAAGAGGACAUCAUUGAAGCCAUUGAAUUGAAGUCUCACUUUGUACAACUCAUCAUAGUAAGGAAUUUUUUGGGGUGGUUAAUCCUAGUUAACCUUUAGUGAACAGAGAAUAAAUAUGGUGGAAAGUAUGAUUCCAAAGCUGUCUAAAAUUUGUGUUUCUUUUAGACGCCAGUUGACAAAUAAACAAAUUCUUGCACGAAACACAUGUUUUUUUGAAACAUUAAUUCAUUUAAUAGGUAUAAAAUUAUACCAUAUUGUUUUUGUGUUGCUAAUAGUGAAAAACUUAGUAUUUGAUUUUUUAAUGCUAUUUUGAUUUGUAA